GUUCACUCUCUUGCGCCCCCUCCUUCGAGUACUACUGUCCCUUCGCUUGCGCGCGACCAACUCGCGGCAGCGUCGACCUACAAUCUUUCUUCAGGUUAACAAUAUGAUGCUUGGAUCGCAAGGAUCCCAGCUAGAGCUCGUUGAUCGUGACCCUUCGCGGUCUGACAUCUCUCUUGUGCAUCUAGGAGAGUCUCCGAGCUCCCGUUCCGACUUCACCCUCACGCCUGGCUCGCGCUCUGAAUUCUCCUUUACCUCCCCAGGCUCUCAAGCUCAGUUUCCUCUCAUCAAACAUGAUGCAGAGCACCGGCUCAUCGCAGACCUCCCGGAAGGGGAAGGCAUUCUGGAUGAUACUCUUCGCUCUGGUUAUCUCGUUCUUCAUGGUCGUGCUUGAAGGAGCAGCUGUGGGAAAUGCAUCACCCACAAUCGCGAGUGACCUUGAUAUCUCCCAAUUCGCAUGGAUUGGAACGGCGUAUGGCCUAUCAUCCACUGCCCUUCUGCCUUUGAGCGGUGGACUGGCCCAGAUCUUUGGUCGGCGACCAGUAAUGCUCGUCUCUCUCGCGAUAUUUGCCGUAGGUGGCGCGCUUUCUGGCGCUUCCACAGGUUCAACAACUCUGUUUGCUGGUCGCACCGUCCAAGGUUUGGGUGGCGGGGGCGUACUGACAUUGAGCUCAAUUAUACUGUCGGAUAUCGUCGCGCUCAACGAGCGUGGGCUGUACAACGGCAUUCUUGGUCUGGCUUGGAGUGCUGCGUCCGGUGUUGGUCCCGUAAUUGGCGGAUCAUUUGCGCAAAAUGGACACUGGCGCUGGCUUUUCUACAUGAACAUACCCUUCGCGGGUCUUGCUGCCGUGCUGGUACUGUUCUUUGUCAAACUCCCAACACCGCCGGGGAGUUUGAGGUCGAAGCUCGAACAGAUAGACUGGAUCGGGAAUGCUCUCGUCAUGGGGAGCACGACAGCUAUUGUAAUCGGAAUGACAUGGGGUGGUGUUGAUUAUGCCUGGUCUUCAGCGCAAGUUUUAGUCCCACUCAUCAUAGGUGGUGUUGGAUUGGUACUAUUCUUAUUGUACGAGGCCCUGUGGGCAAGAAAUCCUCUCAUUCCCCUGUCUCUUAUACUCAACCGCACUAGUAUAAGCGGGUUGAUCCAGACCGGUCUCCUCUCUGUGCCUCUCACGGGGCUUAUGUAUUAUCUCCCCGUGUACUACCAAGCCUGCAUGCUCGCCUCGCCCAUCCGCGCUGGCACGCUCGUCUUCGGCGUGGCAUUCACCGUCGCGCCUACCACGAUCGUCGCCGGAGCUAUGAUCACCGUCACGAAGCGCUACCGCCCACCAAUAUGGUUCGGCUGGGUCCUGCUCCUCGUCGGCCAAGGCCUCCUCACCACCCUCACUGCGACGAGCUCGAAGGCCACGUCCAUCGGCUUCCAGAUCCUCACCGGCAUCGGAAUCGGCGCCGUCUACAGCUCGACGUACUUCCCCGUCCUCGCCCCGCUGCCCGUUGAGCAAAAUGCGCCUGCGCUCGCGCUCUACGUCUUCCUCAGGAGCUUUGCCCAAAUCUGGGGCGUCGCCAUCGGCGCGACUGUUCUCCAGAACCAACUCUCUUCUCGACUCCCACAGGCGUUCCUCGCGACGCUCCCUAGCGGCGCGAGCGUUGCCUACUCCGCGAUCCCCGCUAUCCCCGCUCUCGCGUCGCCGCUGAGGGAGGAAGUGCAGGCUGCGUUCGCUGGGAGCCUGGACGUGCUGUGGCGCGUGCAAUGUGCGCUGUCUGCGAUCGGCGCGUUUGCGAGUUUGUGGAUGAAGGGCCUCCCGCUUCACACGGAUACGGAUAAGAAGUGGGACGUGACAGCGGCGGAGGGGGAGGAUGAGAAGUAGGCAGCUGGGCCGCAGAUGCUUGCGUUCGGAUGUAUCAUAUCUGACGUUGCUAUUAUCUUAUUGUCGCGGUCAUUCCUCCUCGAGCUUCAGGG